AUGGCGCCGCCGGACGCGAAGCCGGGCCAGAACCGGCCUCUUUAUGUUGUUCAUGUGGAGCCGGACAGAAUCCACAAGCAGCCGGCUGUCGGUUCAGAACACAGCCUCCGUGUGUCUCCUCAGGUGUCGGCCACCUUCGCCGCCAGCCUGGUCACCAGCCCGGCCAUCGGCGCCUAUCUGUCGGCGCAGUACGGUGACAGCCUGGUGGUCCUGGUCGCCACGGUGAUCGCGGUGGCCGACAUCGCCUUCGUGUUCUUCGUCGUCCCCGAGUCGCUGCCGGACAAGAUGAGGCUGACGUCCUGGGGCUUCCCCAUCUCCUGGGAGCAGGCCGACCCCUUCGCCUCUCUGCGUCGGGUUGGAAAAGACACCACGGUGCUGCUGAUCUGUGUCACGGUGUUCCUGUCCUACCUGCCCGAGGCCGGACAGUACUCCAGCUUCUUCCUCUACCUGAGACAGGUGAUCGAGUUUUCUCCGGCGGCCAUCGCUGCCUUCAUCGCCAUGGUGGGGAUCCUCUCCAUAGUCGCUCAGACUCUGUUCCUCAGCGUUCUCAUGAGAACCAUCGGGAACAAGAACACGGUUCUGCUGGGCCUGGGCUUCCAGCUCUUCCAGCUGGCCUGGUAUGGCUUCGGCUCCGAGCCCUGGAUGAUGUGGGCGGCAGGAACCGUGGCAGCCAUGUCCUCCAUCACCUUCCCAGCAGUCUCUGCUCUGGUGUCGCACAGCGCCUCACCUGACCAGCAAGGUGUGGUCCAGGGGAUGAUCACCGGCAUCAGAGGUCUGUGCAACGGUCUGGGCCCGGCUCUGUACGGCUUCAUCUUCUUCCUCUUCAACGUGGAGCUGAACGACAUGGAGCCGGUGGCGGGAAGAACCGCGGACACCGAGAAGUCGGUCAUCCCGGGUCCUCCCUUCCUGUUCGGAGCCUGCGCCGUCGUAUUCGCCCUGCUGGUGGCCAUCUUCAUCCCCGAGCACCACCGAUUGGCCGACGUCAAGUCCUGCUCCGCCCACAAGGCUGGCGGUUCCUCCUCGUCCGCUCAGAACGCCAGCCCACUGGCCACGCCCACCAGCGACGCCGAGGACAUUGAGCCGUUACUGCAGGACAGCCGCAUGUGAUGGCUGACCAAUCGCAGCGCUGCGCCCUCUCUGCAGGCCCCGCCCUCCCUGCAGGCCCCGCCUCCUCCCCGUGGGGGCGUUUGUUUAGUUCUACCUGCGGCAGCCACACUGACGGGUUUAGUUUAGACGGGCUUCAUCAGGAGGUUCUCUCUUAAAUUAGCAGAACUGUUUACGUGUUGGUAGAACUUCACCGGUCGUUUCUACACCUGAAGCCAUGUGUUGCACCUGCCCAGGUGUGCUGGGGCAGGUAGAACCAAAGGGCGUCUGUCAGUGACCAUCUCAGUGGCCUCUUAGCACCAGUAUGAACCACUCCCUGCUUUCUAACCGGCAGGGAGGCGGGACCAAACCGGCAGCGUCCCAGCUCAUCACGCCGCCGUAGCGUUUCAUCACCGCUCAAGCAAAACGCCAAACACUCUGGUUUGAGCUUCUCCCAGGAGACGGUGUGCUCCGUUCUGGUGGGUCCAGCAGCCUUUGGUUCUGCCUCUACCGCCACGUUUUGUAGCCGCUUUUGUAUGAACUUCAUUAAUCAGAGUAAAUGAUGCUGAUGAACCUGGACGAGCUGCUGCAGUCCACGUAGCCGUCGGCGUUUCUAGUCGUUCACCGUCUCCAUCGUCUUGGUGUUUGUCAUCAACGGAGCUGUUGAUCCAUCAGCCGCUCACCAACUGCUCUGAUAAGAGAUGAGGAGUCUUUUUAAAGAAUACACGCAGCCGUCAGGAGCAGAACUCACUAUGUUUGGACUGAACGGAUCAACCCUCUGAACCCGGAGCUCACAUCAGCUCACAAAGUCCUGCAGCUCGGUGGAACCAGAACAACCAGAAGACGUCUCUAUUAGAGCGCCGUCAAGUGUUCAAACACAUUCAGAGUUUAUUUAAUAAAAUAAGUCAAUCGACCUGGAAUCCACGUGAGCCGCGGUUUUUAAAGUUGGACAUUUUUAAAUGAGUCUCCAUCUGUAGUCGGGUCAGAACGUCUACAGAGGUUUGUCCCGUGAGGCGGUCGAGGCUUCCUGGUUCCACCGAGACGUUGAGAUUUGGGUUUUUACAGAAACUAGUUUGAGGAAACUCUGAGACUUUAUGAAAUAUCCCCCCAAAAAAUUUUGAUGAAAUAUUCCAGUUUUAAACUCAGAUUUUUGUUUGAUAUGUUCAAGGACUGUUGGAAACCUGAGCGUUGUUUCUGCUCUUUAAAGAGGACUCGCUCUGCAGAGCCGCUGAUGGUUCUGGGGUCCAGAGAGUUCAUCACAAGUUCAACCGGAGUGACUUCAGCAGACCGAUGGUAGAAACCGCCGGCAGCCUUCGCUCACGUUUUAGCGCUCAGUGGUUCUGGUCGGGCAGCCGGUCCGCCUCCAGAGGGACCUUCAACGUAAACACAUCCGCUAUCAGAACCGUCAGUCUGGUUGCCGCCUGAACUCCACCCAUCAGGCCUGCAGAGGUCAGCGCAUCAAACGCUCCUCACCCUCGAUUGGCUGCACAGCUGAGGCCACCUGGAGGAGGACAGUGGGGGGGGGGGGGGGGGGGGGGCUGGUCACACUGAGCAUGUGCGGCUCAGAUGGAUUGUGACGUCAUCGUGUUUCCGCCUCCAGCAGACGGACCAGGUGAGGAAGAAGAACACCUCAGAGUUGAUCCUCCGGUACCUUCAGUGUUUCUGUGGGUCAGGCUCAUGAGCUGGACUCCAGGCCGGGUUUGGACUCCAGGCCGGGUUUGGACUCCAGGCCGGGUUUGGACUCCUGAUCUCUACACGUGGGUUUAUAAACUCCUCUCAGCGUGUUCUCUGUGAUGUCCUGCAGAGGGCAGCAGACGCCCAGCAGUCCUCCCUUUCAUCCACCGGAUCAGUAUCGGUUCCGUCUCCUCGUCUCUCCUCCUCGUGUCUGAACGCCGUCGGUGCCCCUCCCCUCCCCUCCCUGCUCGCCUGCCGUCCAGGUGGGCGAAUGGAGCGCUCCCAGUUACUGACGGAACCACGCGGUGCCAUGUUAUUUGUUUCUGUCUGUUGUUUCUGCUUUUGUCUGUUUGUUAAACCCGAGACAUUCCCGAAGAAACUAACCUGCUGCCGUGGCAACAGCCCGGGAUGCUGUCUCCAUGGCAACAGCAGUUUAGCUGGUUAAAGGUGAAAUAAUCAGUUUAAAAACAACUCUGAAGGUCUGCCGGUUACCGGGCUGGACCGCUCAGUUAGAAGCUCACGGUGGGUUGGGUUGGACUGGUUCUGCUGCAGAGUGGUUCUGACUCGCUGGAGCCGGCGCUGCUGGUCGUCCACAACAACCAGCUUCAGAACUUCUGCUUCUAGUUUCUGGUUCUGGCCUUCAGACUUGAUCUCACUCAGCUUCUCCUGACCCACUGAUCGGUUCAGUUCUCCUGUGGACCCCCUGAACCACCUGGAGCUCCUUAGGAACCAGGAGGACCAGGAGGAGGAUCUGGCCGCAGGAACAGAACCUCCCACAUCAGCAGCGUCGCAGCUCCAGAAGCAGCUGAGCAGGUAGACGAAGACGUUCAGGUCCAUGAAGCCCGACCAGAAGAUGGAGGACCAGACCUUCAGCCAGCUGGUUCUCUGAGUUCUGACUGAGUCCUGCUGCUGCUGCUGGAGGACAGACAGCUGCAGGGUGUUCUUCUACCGUCUGGACUCUGUGUGGCGCUGUGGUUCUGUCGGGCUUCACGUCUCACUGGAGCGUCUGCUGGUGAUGCUUUCAGAGGCUCAAACGAACCAGAAACAUCACAUUCAGUAGUUUUAACGUUUUCUGGAGAAUCCUGGAUCCAGAUCCAGUUCAGACGUUUGAUUUAGUUCCACUGUUGGGCUUUUAUUUUGGAAUCAUGGCUCCUUCCUGCUCUGACCUCACGUGGUUUCCAGUGGUUCUGCUCCGAUUCGUCGCCGAGCAGCUGAAACGUGAGGCGGACGUUUUGCAUCGCGGUGAGACGUGAAGCUCGAAGCUCCUGAGCUGCAGCGCUUCUGGACCGGUUCUGUCCGUCUGCGGGUUUGAUUAGCCGCUGACUCCUACAGAACACACUCACACAGUCAGACCAUGUCUCCAGAUGUCUCCAGAUGUCUCCAGAUGUCUCCUCCCGACGCAGAACGUUUGCUGAACGCUGCACUUUACUUUCUCUGAACGUGCCUCGAACCACCUCCGUGUCCGUUGCGUCUGUUUUUCUAUGAGACCAGGAGACGAGUUGCUUCCUGCAUCCAGGACGUUGGUCCAUCGUGUCUGUGAGAAUCAUGACGAGGAAAAUAAAAGGAUGGAGCUGGACUCGGUCUCUGGGUUUUGAUUCAUGGCUCAGUCUCAGAAUCACUCGCAGGUUUAAAGUCGCGUCCUCCCACAGCGACGAAGUGAAACCGUGUUGUCAGCACGCUUUAGUUUCACUUUUUAGAUUUUUCAUUAACUUCCAAACAUCUCAGGUGGAGAUUAAAUUAAAUUAAACCAACGACAACAUUCAGGGUGAAGGAUCCACCGAGAAGCAUCUGGGUUUAGAAAAGAGCUGCUUCAGACCACGUCAACAGACUUUUAUUAAAGUUAGAGAACGUCAGACGAAGCUGCUGCAGGAAAAUACAAAAAUACAAACAUCUGGAGAGCCUUACAGGAACGUUUUAGGAACAUAGUCGCAGCUCAAACAACAAACAAACUGAAUCUCUGACCAACAAACCGUCUGAUGAGUCUUUAAACCUGUAAAUCAGCAAACGUUCGGCUUCCUUCUUCAUUUGGUCACAGCUUCACUCUUCAGCCUGAUAAACCCAGAAACGUCCUCACAUGACCUCUGAUAAUCACUCAUCAAUAAUCACUCAUCAAUAAUCACUCAUCAGUAAUCACUCAUCAAUAA